AUGUCCAACAUCCUCCGCCUCCUCCGGACCAGCCGGCCAUCCAACCCUCUCCACACCCUCCGCUCAUCAAGACCCACCCUAUCAAGACCUACAUCCAGACCAUCAAACUACUUCUCCCCCUCGCACUCCCCCUCUCCCUUUCCCCGCUCCCGCCCCUACUCCUCCUACACCGACCCCAGCUCCCAAAUCUCCUCCAACCUUACCACGCUCUACGCACUCAUGGGCCUCAACAUCGCCGUCUUCAGCUACGGCGCCUACGCGCAAGCGCAAGCCCAACAAGGCUUCCCCGCGCCCUACACAAAGUUCAUGCGCAAUAUGAGCUGCAACCUCACCGACGUGCUGCACAACAACGCCUACCACACGCUUCUGACCAGCACCUUUACGCACUUCAACCUCUUCCAUUUGGCCGCGAAUAUGUUUACCACGUACUACCUGGGCCAGUUCUUGUGCUACGCGCCGGUCAUCACGCCGGGGCGGUUGUUGACGAUUGCGAUUGGUGCGGGACUCACGGGCUCGGUGGGAUAUCUCUGGCAGCGGUAUCUGAGCACGGGGGCCAAGGGCGUGGAUUAUCGGCGGGGUGUGGGGUUUUCGGGCGCGUUGAUGGGCGUGAUUAGUGUGGCGGCUUGUUUGGCGCCGAGUGCAAAGGUGCAGUUGUAUGGAAUUGUACCAGUGCCGUUGUGGGCGUUGGUGGUGGGGUAUGCGGCGUAUGAUGGGUAUUAUCUGAAUGAUAAUAAUUCGAGGAUUGCGCAUUCGGGGCAUUUGGGUGGGUUGGCGUUUGGGCUGGCGUAUUAUGUGCUGAGGCUGAGGGGGUUGAGGGGGAUGAGGUAUUAG